GAGGGCUUCCUGCCCGGGUGAACACGUGGUUCCGUAUCUGCUCCGCUGCUGGUCUGUCAGUUUGCGAAGGCUUCCAGCCCUCCUCGCACUCCUCUCCCUCUUUUAUCCUCCCAUAGAACACAGCGGACCCUCUCCUCCUCUCCGUCGUCCCGCUGCUCCUCCUCCCUCUCUCCUCCCUCCGCCGCACUUCUCCUUCCUCUCUUUGCGACGGCUCCCGGGACUGCCGACAGCCAGGCCGCGGUCGCUCCAACGUGUAUCCGUUCAGAGGGAGAGAGAGAGUGUGAGUUAGUGAGUGAGUGAGUGUGUGUGUGUGUGAGUGAGUGUGUGUGUGUGUGUGUGUGUGUGUGUGAGUGAGUGAGUGAGUGAGAGAGAGAGCGUGAGAGAGCGCGUGUGCUCGCACCCGACCGCAGCCGGUCCAUCCGUGUUACUCCCCCCCCCUCCCCUCCUCCACUAUCCUGCCUCGUUCUUCGGUCAUGACGCUGGAAGCGAUCCGCUACCGGGCCGGGUCUCUGCAGAUCCUCAACCAGCUGCUGCUGCCACACCAGACGGCUUACGAUGAGAUCCGCUCGGUGCAGGACGCCUACGAGGCCAUCAAGUCCAUGAAGGUGCGUGGCGCCCCGGCCAUCGCCAUUGUCGGCUGCCUCAGCCUGGCUGUGGAGCUGCGGGCAGGUGCCGGCGGCGAUGACCCUGUGACCUUCAUCAGGGAGUCUCUGUGUCACCUGACCUCAGCCAGGCCCACCGCUGUCAACAUGGGCCGUGCCGCCCGUGAGCUGAUGGAGUUUGCCGAGAACGAGAGCAUGGAGAAGAACUCGGAGCAGCUCAGAGAAAGUGUAAUUGCCUGGAUUGAAGACAUGCUGGAGCGUGACGUCAAUGACAACAGGAAGAUCGGUAACUAUGGCGCUCAGCACAUCCUGUCUGGCGUCCCGAGGGACUCUGUGACCAUCCUCACACACUGCAACACCGGCUCGCUGGCCACAGCUGGAUACGGGACUGCACUGGGCGUGGUGCGAAGCCUCCACGCGCUGGGCAGGCUGAAACGUGUGUACUGCACAGAGACCAGACCGUAUAACCAGGGAUCCAGACUGACAGCGUAUGAGGCGGUUUCAGAGGGAAUCCCUGCUACACUUAUUACAGACAGCAUGGCAGCCCUCACCAUGAGAGAAAUGGACAUCACAGCUGUGGUGGUGGGUGCAGACAGGGUGGUUGCCAACGGUGACACGGCCAACAAGGUGGGCACGUACCAGCUGGCUAUCGCCGCAAAGCACCAUGGGAUUCCCUUCUAUGUGGCCGCACCCAGCACGUCGUGCGACUUGAGCCUGGAGAGCGGCAGGGAUAUCAUCAUCGAAGUGCGCCCGCCUGAGGAGCUCACCAGUAUAAACGGAGUCCCGAUUGCCGCCCCGGGUAUUGAGGUUUGGAACCCGGCGUUCGACGUGACCCCCCACCAGCUCAUCACAGGAGGCAUCAUCACAGAGCUGGGAGUCUUCCUCCCCUCUGAGCUCCAGGCUGCGCUCACCGGUCGCCUCACUGCCCUCUAGAGCCACUCAGCCCCUCCUGCUGGUCCAUGUGCACCACUGCACCUUAACGUCAGACACUCAAAGACACGGUGCAGCACCAGUACAGCUCACUGAUGUGAGCUGACGUCGUCACAGGAGAGACAGCAGACCCUCAGUCCUUCCUCCACCCCGAUUUAAGAUAACGUAGCCAUACCGCCAUCUCAUCAAGCUCAAAGAGAUCUUCAGAAAAUCUCAGUGAGUGCAUUUACAUACACACUAGUAUCUUUGUUAUGAUUGGAUGUUUGGAGUAUCCUGGGACUACUGCGACAUGUAAACACACCAUGUCCAGGUUUCUGAUUAUCUUCUACCAUGUGCGCAAGUGCGUCAUUAAAUGAGGUUACGAAAUGGUUAGUGAAUUGUCAUCCAUUACUGGUGAUCAGAUGGAGAGGUUCAGACAGCCAGAAACCAAACUAUGUUCAACCUCAACCACGCAUUCUUCUUCCUUGUCAGAACCGGGUGCCGGCAUUACCCACAGUGCAUCUCUAACCGCUGACAGUUCCUUGUGGGAUUUCAGGUAUAACAUACUCAUGUCGGUAGAAGUAGCCUGGAGGAUCAGAACCAAGAUAAAACUCAAAUCCGAGAUACUGACGCAGAUGUAAAUUUACUGUCUGACUUUUGUGCCUGGAAAUCUCAGUGAGCUUGAUGAGACAAAUGUCAGAGGUUUGGCCUCAUAACACGCCAGUCUACCUUCCCACCACCCCUUCACUGAUCUCACACACUGCCUUUGUUGACUUUAUCAUUCUCUACAAUCAUUUAAAUAUGUGGCAAAUACACAGCAACACCUUUCUACUUUACAGGACCACUAAGAGGUCCAGAGAAAACACCCACAAAAAAAAAAGCUUAAGGUCAAUGAUAAUAUUUGCAGUAUCCAUAGUGUCAUUGUCCAUAUCUUUAAAAUGCUGUAAUGUAAGCUGAGUCCUUCCUUCGCAUUCAUCUUUUCUCUCCUCAGCCCUCUUUGUUUCUCGUCUGUCCACCCAUCAAACCUCAACUCACAAAGAUGCUGAUAGGUCACACACAAGCAUAAAAGACACUUGUGUGUUUGAGUUUUCCUUCUUUGUUUUGUACAGUUUAAGACAUCACACGUUUGGGGGCAAUGUUAGUGUUCCAGACAUAUGUAGCAACUUUGUGGCCGUCAGACCUGCCGCGUAUUAUUUCUUUCUAAAUCUUUAAGAAGUACGAGAUUUUUUUUUGUCUGUACAUCAUGAUUAUAACUGUUUGGCUGUGGUUUGUUGUUUUAUUUAAUGACAUUGUGAUUCCUAGUGACUAGGUCAUUAGUACACCACACUGGGGAGGCCUCCUCAACCAUACACACUACCUCUCCGUCUGCCUACACGGACUCAAACAUUGAAUUGCAUGAACACAAGCACUUAACGUGCCAGGCUGCAGCAGAGCGGAUUGACAGAUUGUAGAUUUUGAAAAAAGAUGUGGACUAAAACUCUCCACAUCUCACUAAUGUUUGUAUCUUCAACCCAAAGUGACAAAUAAUUUGUGGUCGUGCUUUUAGUUUGCCAAAGUAGACUACAUUCAGGCUAGUGUGUUAUGUUGGGUUGCAGCUGAAUUGUGUCUGCAUUAUGCUACGUUUUUCCACCAUGCUUUUGAAGCAGCAGCAAUAGAGUACUGUAUUUAAAAAGAUGUUCCACCAACAUCCCCUUGAGAAGCCCAACACACGCCUAGUAAUCAGGUGCCAAAAUUCAGUGCUGCUUGCCACAUAUUUUCCACAUUGAUUUGAUUAAUCAAAGCAGGAGCUUGAGUAUUAUCAAAUGAUAAGUAUGGCCUGCAAUUACCAUGGAAGGAGUGUUGUUCAGAUGGCCUCUUUAAGUGCAAGUUUGUUCUUGUUGUUAUUGAUAAUCACUUGAUUUGGGUUUCAUUUUGUAACAUGUGGAAAUAGUUCAAAGCUGGAUUUUUUUAAAUAUAUAUGUAUAUGAAUAUAAUGCUGUAAAAGUGCAGUCAUGAAUUAUGAGAUUUCUCUUUCACAUCAAUACAGUAAAAGGAAUAAA